CCGCAAGAAGAGAGUAAGAAAGUAUCAUACAAGAGCAACAUCAUGCCAACAUACAGUAAGUCAACUCCAUACCAGUACGAGGAACAACUCCCACGACCGGUGUUCGGCAUAGCUCAUGGACAUCCAUACCGUAAAAAGGGAAAUAACAGCGAGAACGAUGAGUUACAAGAGAACUUCCAACGGGAUGAAAAUAAACCAUUUGAUGAGGAACCUCAAAAGGAUACUCCAGCCGAGUACCCAGAAGAUGAAAAGCAAUCUAACGAAGAUUAUGAAACAAAAAAACGUAAAAUCCCCCCUAAAUCUCAGGAAGAGUCAGAAAGCGGUGAAGACGGAAAGGUACCGGAGGAAGGAGAAAGAUCAUCGCAAGAGGAGACAAAAGAUGAUGGAGGAGAUAAUGAAGAGGAACCAUCGGAGUCAGAACAAUCGGAUAUAGAGCCUGAACAUGUGGAACAAGGGCCUAAUAGUGAAGAAGAGAGUUCACAUGGGAACUCAGAAGCUCAACGGGGAAAUUCUCGGGAAGAUUACGAUGAAGAGCCACAAGAGCAGCAGCAUCUAAAGCAUCAUCGGCCACGACCGCCCCCAAACUAUCGAGAAUCGAAAGAGAAUGGAAAUGGUUCAGAUUCCGAACGUACGGGUACGACUCAUUAUGCGGAUUCUGGGGAAAGGACUGGCGAGAAGAAGUACAGCCGCGAGCAAGACGUCGGAGGUGAAAGGAGGCGAGGGCGACAUCGGGGACGGUUGAAUGGAAAAUUGGUUGGAGUAAAUAUGGGUUUAGUUGCAGGAGUAUAUCCACAUGAAUCGAAAGAUCACCAAUAUGAGGAGGUUGAAACACGGAAGCCGCAUGAAGGAAAAAGAAAACUUCCUAAAAACCGCAAGACCAUGUAUGAGCAAAGAGAAAUGACGACACCUAGACCAGGCUAUUCUUCCCAACGCAAAAAGAACCAUAAACUACACGAGCAAGCAAAAUGGGUAAAUGUGCAAGAACAGGAUGAGGCAUUAUAUGCUACUCCCUCGCAACCUAUUCGCUAUGGGCCAUUUGAUGCUUAUUUCGUUCUGAAACCAGAAAUGGGCCGUACUCAUCAAAGAGAGAAUUCAAGAAGUCAAAAUGGAAUUCCCGAACAUCAACAAAAAACAGGUAAAGAGUUUUUCGCAAGAAAAAAACCAUCAAUGACGCCUGCUAGCGAGAGCAGCGACACCACACCAUACGAUGGACUACUUUCUCAAAGAAAUUUCCAUGAAAGGAGACCGUUAGCGUAUGAUAAUGAACUGGAGCGUCAAACUGUUAGUCCUAUACAACUUUUUUGCCUUAACUGUCCUCCACAAAACAUCCGCCCGCUGAGUCCUACGCAGACGUUGUCUAGAAGUUCUAUCCCAGCAAAUGUGGAAGCAAGGCCACUCGACGAAAUGCCAACGCCGCCUCCACUCAAUUUUCGUGAUUUCCGUAAGGAUGAACAUGUGGAUUUUGGAGUUCGCCCACAAUCAAGAAUCCCACCUACAACGUCCAUAGAUCUAUCGAUUGUACCAUCUACGGCUAUUCCAUGGCACUCAAGCACAAGUUCACCAACCCUUGUGGUUACCAAUCUGGCAACUUGA